CAUAAGGGCCUGGCUGUUGGUCCUCCUUGCUGAGGGCUUCUCUUUAGUCCAUACUGUAGACACAUGGGAUGCUGUUUGUGAUUAUCGGGUGUUUCGCACUUGCUCCUGUCUGUUCGUAGGAAAAUAAUCUGAUAUUUUCUCAGAAUCAUGUGGGGUGGCCAUAAUGAUGGUGACCAUCAAGGUCACAUGACUGCAAGGAUGGAGACAAGCUUACCUAUGGGUACUACCAGCAUUUCCGUAUCCCAGCAACAGGCUCCUAAGAAGUUUGCUCCUGUUGUGGCUCCCAAGCCCAAGUUCAACCCUUAUAAACAACCAGGGGAGGCAGCACAUGAGGGAGCUGGGGACUAUCCUCCUCCUCUUCCACCUGCUGUUGACACCAGUGGGUUUCCGUCCCCCUCCAUCUUACCACCUCCUCCACUCAUAGAUGAGAGCUCUUUUGGCUUUCAGAUAAAGGGACCAGAGAAAACUCUAGAAGAGCGGCGUUCCAGUCUGGAUGCUGAGAUCGACUCCCUGACCAGCAUCCUGGACGAUCUAGAGAGCAGCUCCCCAUACAAACCGCAUACACCACAGAAUUCUGUCAGCCCAGCUGUGUCAGGCUCCAACGCCGCUGUCACAGGCUACAGGCGCAUGGUCAUUCCAACCCAGCCUCCUCUAACAGCUACUAAGAAAUCCACCCCGAAACUGCAGGCCCCUCCAACUGCGGCUUCACCUGCUCCAUGCCCCCAAUACCAGUCCACACCCCAACCCGUCCCAGCAUCCUACACCACUGCCUCCACCCCAAGCCAACCCACCUUCAAUGUUCAGGUCAGGGCAGCACAGCCUGGCCCCCAGCAGCAGCCAAUCCGCAGCCCAGCCCAAGUGCAGUACAUGCCACCUCAACCCAGAGCUCCUGACUUCGCUUACGGCCCUCCGCAGCCAGGAUUUUGCCCAGCUGCUUCUGGAGGCUACCAGGAACAACACUAUAGUGGAGCUCCUGGUUAUGGAGGUCACAACACAUGGAGAACUGAGCCAAGUCAUCACGUUCCUCCUCCAGCCAGCCAAGGUUACCAGCCCUCCCCUCCGAAAAAGACCUACAUCACUGACCCUCCAGCCAGCCUGGCACCCUUCACUGGUGGGCCUUCUAUUUCUCAUAAGGGCCGUCCUGAGGAGGAGCUGGACCGCCUGACUAAGAAGAUGUUGUAUGACAUGGACAACCCCCCCUCUCAGGAUUAUUUUGGUCAGUGUGCAUGCUGUGGAGAGAAUGUGGUGGGUGAGGGGACAGGUUGUACCGCCAUGGAUCAGGUCUUUCAUGUGGACUGCUUCAUCUGCAUGACCUGUGGCUCUAAGCUCAGAGGGAAACCUUUUUAUGCUGUGGAAAAGAAAGCUUACUGCGAGCCCUGCUAUAUCAACACGCUGGAGACCUGCAAUAUAUGUAGUAAGCCUAUAAUGGAGCGUAUCCUGCGGGCGACUGGGAAGGCCUAUCAUCCUCAGUGCUUCACCUGUGUGGUGUGCCACCAAAGUCUAGAUGGUAUUCCCUUUACUGUGGACACCUCCAACCACAUCCACUGCAUCAAAGAUUUCCACAAGAAAUUUGCCCCACGUUGCUCUGUGUGUAAAGAGCCCAUAAUGCCAGCUCCUGGCCAGGAGGAGACUGUGCGUAUUGUGGCCUUGGACCGUGACUUCCAUGUGCAGUGUUACCGUUGUGAGGACUGUGGCUGUCUUCUCUCUGAGGGGGACAAUCAGGGUUGCUACCCUCUAGAUGGGCAUGUUCUCUGCAAAAACUGCAACACCAGUCGCAUCCAGGCCCUCACUGCCAAGGCUACGACUGACCUCUGAGUCACACACAUACAGAAUAUACACGCACAUCCCUAGUAUCCCUGCAGAUGCAUUUGUCAAUUCCUGAGAAACACCAUAUUCUGUCACAUCACUGCACUCAAAUAUUUAUGCCUAGACAUACCCAAUGCACAUGCACGCAUAAAGCUGUCAUUCCACUUAAGGGGACACAUCUUUUCUUGUUGCUCAUGCGCCUCCACACACUGUAUUGAAAUUGCACUCAUUUAUUCUGUCCAGGGAAAAGUUUCCCUUCUUAUUAGCAGAUAUGUAUUCAUCAAGGCUCACAGCAGCUGAUUUUGAACACCUUAAAAAUUUAGACCUUAUAAGAGAUAAUGUAUAUAGAGAUGGACAGUGUUUUAAAAUGCUCCUAUCAGUUUUUAACAAUGUAUUUUUAAAGCAAUUGUUUACUCACCCGUAUGUCAUUCCAAACCCAUAUGACUUUCAUUCUUCCAUGGAACACAAAAGGAUCAUUCAGUAACCAUUCACUUUUAUUCACUUAAAAUACAAUGAAAGUGAAUGGUGACUAAAGCAAAUGGGGUCUAUCGAUUAUUUUGUUUAUCGAGUAAUCUGACGAUUAUUCUGACAAAUAAUCGAGUAAUCGAAAAUUACCCAACUCAGAUUGCAUAAAAUUGUCAAGGUGAAGUAACAUUUGGCUAAAAUGCAUUCAUUAGCCUAAGUUUUUAUGUAUUGUAUGAUUGAAUAACAACAAUAAAACAAUUGCGAAAACAAUAACAAACACCCAAAGAAGACUCUUACACUUUAAUGUAAGAUCUACUUUUUCUUUCACUAGUUCAACAUGAUCUACCCAUUUUAGUUUAGAACUCUAUUGUGGAAAAACAUGCCAUGGCAAAAAAGAAUAUUUGAUCUUUACAAAAACAAUGUCUGCCUACUAAACUUAUUUAUUGAGUAUGAGUUAUAUACAAUGAUUAGCCACAACAUUAAAACAACCUGCCUAAUAUUGUGUAGGUCCCCCACGUGCCGCCAAAACAAUGCCAACCCUCAUCACAGAAUAAAAUUCUGAGAUACUAUUCUUCUCACCAAAAUUGUACAGAGCAGUUAUCUGAGUUACUGUAGACUUUGUCAGUUCGAACCAGUCUGGCCAUUCUCUGUUGACCUCUCUCAUCAAAAGGGCGUUUCUGUCCACAAAAAUGUUGCUCACUGGAUGUUUUUUGUUUUUGGCACCUUUCUGAGUAAAUUCUAGAGAUUGUUGUGCGUGGAAAUCCCAGGAGAUCAGCAAAUACAGAAAUACUCAAACCAGCUUUUGUGGGCAUUGUUGCACUUGUGCUAAAUACUGCAGAUAGUGUAACGGGAGCCAGCUGGUAGAUUGCUGUGCAGUGUGUAAACCUCACUCUCCUGACCUCAAGAGGUGCACUAGCGUCUGAUGCUAGAGGCUGUAGCCUUUAGCCUCCUUGUUAGCACACCUGCCUCCCACGCCGGAGACGCCGGUUCGAGUUCCGUUCGGAGCGGGGCGAGCAGGGCUGGUUUCAAUGGUGCCGUGACCCGGAUGGGAGUGAGGUUUAGGGGGUGAGUGUAAUGGGAGCCAGCUGGUAGAUAGCUGUGCAGUGUGUAAACCUCACUCUCCUGACCUCAAGAGGUGCACUAGCGACUGCCGCUAGAGGCUGUAUCCUUUAGCCUCCUUGUUAGCGCACCCGCCUCCCACGCCAGAGACGCCGGUUCGAGUCCCUUUCGGAGCGGGGCGAGCAGGGCCGGUUACAAUGGCAAAAGAUUGUUGCUUGCCACGUACCUUGUAAAAUGCCCUUAAACAUCUAGACAUUUAGUUCCGUAUUGAGUAAACUGUUAAUAAUUUUACAUGCAAAGACUAGCCAUUUCUACCUCACAUAAGCCAAAGUUUUAUUUUGCUUUUUUGAGGCAAGAUGCGCAGCUGUGGGUUUAACAGCAGACUCAUGAUGAACUUUGACUGACAGCACACAGACCUGCGGUUUUAUUCAGUAAAUAAAGUUCUCUGAAUUCCCACAUUGAAUUUUACCUGUAAUAAUGGCCUUAACUAGCAAAUAUUCAUCGGAAGUGGGGCAUUGCAAUCUAUUUUUUAAACACAAUCUUCAUGAAAUCUCAUUUACAUGAGGAGAAAGAUUGUAUUCAUCAAACGACGUAUCAAAUGGCAAUUAAUUUACUCAGAACAGAACUAAAACGAUAAUUUGCUGAAAAUAACCUAAUUAUAUUGAGUUUGGUGUGUUUGUGCAUCCGUAACUGCAUGUGUAACUUUAAUCAAGGCCAAAGGACAUCUUUUUCAUGACAUUAUUUUAUGUUGCUUCAUAAAGGCCUUUCAUAAAAGCCUAUGAUGUGUAGAUAAAUAGGUUUAGAUUGCAUUCCAAUGUUUUUUUUUUUUUUUUUGCUGAAUUCAGCAUGUUCCACACAGUAACAAAAAGCUCAACUUCUCUAAAAUUGCUUGCAGCCUGAACUUACCGUGCUGUGUUCAGCGAGUUUGUGAAAGCUGGAUGUCAUCUUUUCAAGUGCUGUUGCAUUGCUGAAGAGUUGUUUUGGGUUUUUGUUGUUUUUUAGGUCCUGCAUUGUUUUUCAAAUCUAAAGUGAAGUGCUCUCACACUGCUGGAACCUCUUGUCGUUGUGUUUGUGAACUUCCGUCUUAUUUUCGAUUUGUCGAAUUGGCAGUUUUGUAAUAAAUUUUGUUUUAAUUGAGUAAUCAAAUGAAAUCGAGUAAUCGUGACUAGAAGCAAACAUUCAGCCCAGCAUCUCCUUUUGUGUUCUAUAGAAGAAAGAAAAUAUUGCUUUUGAACAAGAGACUUUUUGAUUUUAAUAUCUCAUUAAUAAUAUUUAAUAAAACUCAUAGAACAUCACAGACUCUACCUCUGGAAAGGGACCAGGCUCUACAGUAGCUAUGCCUUUAAGUAUGUAUCUGACCUAUGGCUUUAAUUUUAAUAUUGAUUUCUGCACUGUACUGCACUGUAUUUCACCAUCAAUCAGAGGCAAGAUGAAAUACACUUUCAUGCAGAGCUACUAGUUAUAUACACAAAAGGUGCGUUCCAAUCCACAGGGUGCCUACGCAGUGUUCACUGAUUCUUUCUCACUGAGUAUGGGAUAUCUGUUGAAGUUCACUUCAUUUGACAAAAUUGUUCAUUUUGGAACAUCAUCAAACACAGACAAUGCUUGAGUCAUGCAGAAUUUGCGGUUCAAGUAAGAUAACACAACAUACUAGUGUAAAUGCAUAUACUGUAAAUAUACAAUUAAUUACCUUACAUCUAUCUAUCUAUCUAUCUAUCUAUCUAUCUAUCUAUCUAUAUAUCUAUCUAUCUAUCUAUCUAUCUAUCUAUCUAUAUAUAUUUCAUAAGUUAAAUAACCAAAUAACAUGUAUUUUUUUUAUUAAACAAGUUAUUUAAUUUUCUGGUUACAAGUCUGGAGAAAUAUACUAAAUUAAAUACACUGAUGAGCCAAAACAUUAUGACCAUAUGUUUUGGCUCAUCAGUCUAUUUAAAUUAAUUAUUUUAAAUUAUCCAGACUUGUUCCCGUAGGUUAAUAACUGUUGUUGUUUAAUACAAAAAACAAAACAAAAAAAAAUUGGGUUAUUUUUAUAUUGUUAAAUUACCAAUUGUUAUGAUAAUGGAUGUAACGGUUGAAUCUCAUGCAUUUUUCACUCGCGGUAACUGCAUAGAAAGCACACCUAAGGCGAAUUAGGCUUAUUUAAUACACCAGUGUCUCAAACCCCAUUUGUUUAUUUUAUUUUAAAGUUUCUUUUAGCCAAGCUACAUAAGUACUCUGAUGGUUCGCAAUGACUGGUGGGUCAAUUUCGCUCUCCACUUCCUGAUAAGUGUAUCGAGUGCCCUUCCGACUGAACAUAUAUGCUCCCUUUGGAUUGGAAUCUCCCUUAAGAUGGCUGAAUACCAUGUGAAGUCCAACCGGAGGACCCUAACGGUCAAUUGGAAUGCACCUAAAGUCAAACUAAUGUAUACCAGUAUUCAAACACACACAUUUACUGCAAUGGCUUUUCAUAGCUUUAUCUCAUAAUGCAGAUACAAACAUGCUUCAAUAUGUAUCAUUCAAGCACAGUUGCAUGGCAUAUUAGAUGGAUAUAACAUUGAAACCUGACAACUCAUGAUGCCUUUGAUAGUAUCUCAGGAACAUUGAGGUUUAAUUUUUGCCAAGGUACACAACAUAUACAGGUAUAGACAUUGACCCUGACAUUGAUUCAUGCAUCAUGCAUUAUUAUGAGCAUCUUUUGAGUACAUACAGGUUUAAACACUGAUUAUGAACACAUUUCUGAAAUAACCCUUUGAGAUGAAAGUUACCAAAUAGCUACUUUUAGUUUCUCUGGGAAAGUGCAUAUGUAUAAUGUUGUAUGCUAAUAAUAUCUAUUCGGAAGAGUAUUUUAUCCCCUAAGGACUGUGAAUAACCUUCAGUAGCUCAUGUCAGAUUCAAAGCCCAAAUAUGCUGUGGUUCGUUCAGUGCGAUCUCCUGUUUCAUUCUCAAUGGAACGCUUUAAUUCAUGUGAAUUUAACUGAAAUAUCCUAUGCUUAGAGAUUGUUGUGGUUUGGAGAUAUUUUUUCUAACUGUGCUCAGUUUUUGCAUUUAUUUGUAUAUCGUGUGAAAACUAGUGAGGACGUAUUGGGAUAAAAAUGUAUGUGCCGUAAGAUACAGCAUGUACAGUGAUUUGUGUAAUGGCAUUUGUGUAAUAUUUAGUAUUAAAUCAAAUGUCUCAGAGGAAAAAUGAAUGGUCUCAGAUUAGGUUUAGAGUGUGACAAUCAGGGCUGAAAGGAUUUUGGAAAAUGUUUUGUAUUUUAUCUAAUUUGAUCUAAGACUUAUUCACUCUUACAGCCCAAUGAUCAAUAUUUUAAUAUCCUCAAAUUGUGAAUUUAUUAGAGUAUUAAUUACCGGAUAGACAAGAACGUAUUAUUAAAAAUAGGAAAAAACAUAUAAGAAUUAAACUUGCAUAAUUUUGUAAAUGGAUGAUAUCAUUAUGCAAAGUUCUUCAUUGACACUUUACAUAAGAAUGCAGAAAUGUUUUGUUCAACGAGAAAGUGUUUGAUUUGUUGUCCUUAAAGCUACAGUGCAAAUGCAGUGAAAAUUUUAAAUUAUGAAUAUUUAUCUACAGAUUACCAUCAUAAAUUUAGAGGUUAACACCUCAGGAAAAUUCCAGCCAUAUCGCUUUACAGCAGUGAUGGCCCAGGGAAAUUCCCCUCUGGUUGCAAGGGUAAAUUCAGAUGUGAAAAUCAUGAUAUAUAUUCAGACUGAAUAUAAAUAUAGCUAUACACUGGUGACCAAAAGUUUGGUAUAAUGUACAGAUGUAUCUGUUUUGAAAGGAAAUUGAUACUUUAAUUCACCAAAGUGGCAUUCGACUGAUCACAAAGUCAGCCCCACCACUACUUGAAAAUAGUCAUUUUUUUAUCAAAUCUAGACAGGCCCUACUUCCAGCAGCCAUCACUCUGACACCAUAUCCUUGAGUAAUCAUGCUAAAUUGCUAAUUUGGUACAAAAAAAAGCACUUGCCAUUAUAUUAAACACAGUUUAAAACUAUUUGGUUUGUUAAAUGAAGCUUAACAUUGUUUUUGUGUUUGUUUUUGAGUUUCCACAGUAUGCAAUAGACUGGCGUGUCUUAAGGUCAAUAUUAGAUAAAAAAUGGCAAAAAAAAGAAACUGCUUUCUCUAAAACUCAUUAGUCAAGCAUUGUUUUGAGGAAUGAAGGCUAUACAAUGCUUGAAAUUGAGAUUUUAUACAAAGGGGUACACUACAAUCUUCAAAGACAAAGGACAACUGGCUCUAACAAGGACAGAAAAAGAUGUGGAAUGCCAGAUGUACAACUAAACAAGAGGAUAAGUACAUCAGAGUCUGAUGUACUUAUCCUCUUGUUUGCCUCACAUGUCCUCAGCUGACAGCUUCAUUAAAUUCUACCCGCUCAACACCAGUUUAAUGUUCAACUGUAAAGAGAAGGCCUUAUGUGAAGAAUAGCAAAGAAAAAGUAACUUUUGAAACAGAAAAACAAAAAGAAAGUUAGAGUGGGCAAAAGAAACACAGACAUUGGACAACAAAUAAUUGGAAAAGAGUGUUAUGGAUCUGAGCACCAUUGAGCUUUAUUGGAACAGCUAGACUGUAAGGUACGUGAGAAGUGCCCAAUUAGACAGCCACAUCUAUGGCAAGUGCUACAGGACGUGUGGGGUGAAAUGUCACCUGAGUAUCUGGACAAACUGAAAGCUAGAAUGCCAAGGAUCUGCAAAGCUGUCAUUGCUGCACAUGGAGGAUUUUUGAUGAGAACUCUUUGAAGUAGUUUAACAUUUUUUUUUCUUCAAAUGGUAAUAGUAAUUUUUCACAUUAUUAAUGUCCUGGUGAAUAAAAGUACUAAUUUCUUUCCAUAAAAGCAAAAUCUGUACGUUAUUCCAAACUUUUGGCCGCCAGUGUAAAUACCCGGUUACUGACCCUUCAUGAUAUAUUAUGGCAGUUUGUGGAUUUUUCUGUAUGUAAAAUGAAAUGAACUGUGGCUUUAAGCCACGAGAGCCACAUUAGUGCUUCAGUGCUUCAAUCUAUACCUCCUUUUCUCAGUACUAUUUCUAUAUAUGCCAUGCCUUUUCCAGCCUAUUCUGACUGAGCACAGACACAGCUGUUUGUGGCUGGUGCUGUGUGAUGUACAGUAUAUGAUGUUCUAAUGGUGUAGUGUAAUAUUAUUUUAUUUUUUUCUCAGAUUUGAUCUAUCCAGCAUUCCUUACCCAUUUAAGCUUUAUGUGUAAGGUGUAUUCUGUUAUUUUGUUCAAGUCUUUGCAAUUCAUUGUGCACACACUGUUUCAUGUUGUGCCAGUUUGUGAAUAUUAGCAAUAACUUGAUGAAUAUAUAAGACUGUUGUUGCAAUAUAUUCCAAAUACCAACAUUUAAGUGCCUUUGAAAUACAUGAGUGAAAUGUAUUGAAAGCAUACUGGUAGAAAGCUGACAUAUAUAGGGCACUUUGAUCUUUUUUUCCCCCUUUCAUAGAGAAAGAAUAUUUGAAAAGAACCUAAUAUGUGUCAUGGUGAAAUUGUAAAUGUAUACUUGGAUUCUGUUCUUCCACUCCUUGUUUAACACAAACAACUUCCUCUAUAAUUAAUAAACCUUUUUAAGAAAAACUC